AUUUUUGUUCCACAAUAUGGUAAAGAAAGGACUUUUAGAAGCUAUCUGCACUUUAUCGAUUUCGUUUUUUAUUUAGUGUCAACCGAUGCUUCUUUAAUAACUCAUUAGCAAGUCACUCUUUUCUAAUUAUCCCCCCUAGAAGAUACGACAAAAAAACCACAACCUCCGUAGCCUUCAAUUUACUAUUCUAAUACUCGGCAUUCUCUACGUUAAGAAAUCCGAAGCUACAAAACCUCCCACUUUCCAUAAUUGGAAUGGCUCCUUUCGAUGAUCGGAUUAGAGCAGAGACAUAUGAAUUACUGCCGAAAACGUCCCUGUCGUCGGAAAAGCCGGGACGAGACUAUGAUCACGAAGACGCUCUGUCAUCGACCAAGUCACAUCCGGGUUUAGCUUGGGAGCACCCUCUGCCCAUCGGUUGGCCACCACGACCCGACUGUCUGGCUUUUCCCCGACGCUGGUGGUCGGGUGAUGGUUACAAAACGUAUAAAUAUCGACCUUCCAGUUCGUAUCUCGACGAGGAAUCAAUAUCAUGGGGACGGGUACCCUUUCGGGGGGCUUCGAGGAGGUUGUUCCAUUUUGUCGUUCCUAGUGAUAGACGUUGUACCCCCAGACUUGUUUUGUGGGGACUUUGUAAGAUAGUUUUGGGAUUUUUGGGCGUUUGUGUUUUUAUGAUUGUGUUUACAGGUGUUUUCUUGCCGUCAUAUGCCAGGUUACCGGAACAUUAUCAGGCGUUGGAGAGGAUAUGUUUGAAUUCUAAACGAGCUGGGAGAGGAAAUAUUCACGGCGAGAAAGUGUUUAUUGCUGCAACUCUGAAUGAUCCUCAUGGGUCUAUAGUUGGUGGACAAUGGGGAAGUGCUGUCAAGGAGUUGGUAGAUUUAUUGGGCCCGGAGAAUGUCCAUCUCAGUGUUUACGAGAAUGAUCCGGAUCAUCAAGCCAGAGAAGCAUUGGAGUCUCUUGGUGGACAAUUGAGCUGUGGGCACUUUGAUGACCCAAGAAACCCCUUGUCGCUAAUGACCUUACAGGCAACACCUCUCUGGUUAUGAAUCAUAUGUCCCAUGAUGAGCUCCCUCGUGUGAGUCUCCCAGAUGGCGAGAAACGAAUCAAGCGAAUCGCUUUUCUUUCGGAAGUCAGAAAUAGAGCUUUACGCCCUCUCCAAACGAAUUCAUCUACGAAAUUCGAUAAACUCCUAUAUCUUAAUGAUGUCGCCUUCAACCCCAUCGAUGCGUUGCACUUAUUGUUUUCCACCAAUUUGGAUGCAACUGGAAAUGCACAAUAUAGCGCUGCUUGUGCAGUCGACUUUAUGAAUCCCUUCAAGUUUUACGACAGAUAUGCCAGCAGGGAUUUUGAGGGUCACGAAACUGGUUUGCCCUUCUACCCUUGGUUUACUACAGCCGGUAAAGGACAGAGCAGACAGGAUGUCCUGGACCAGAGCGAUGCAGUGCGAGUACGUUCGUGUUGGGGAGGCAUGGUUGCCUUUGAUGCAUCUCCAUUCCAGAACAACAUAGAGAACCUUUCUAGCAGCACCACACUCGCUAAACCCUCUGAAGAAAUCGAAGCAUCGCCCUUAAGAUUUCGGUACGAAACCGACCCAUUUUGGGACGCAUCAGAAUGCUGCCUCGUCCACGCAGACCUGACAUACCUUCGAUAUGGUCUCAACACUUCCAUCUCUACUGGUAUACUCAUGAACCCCUACGUUCGAGUAGCCUACGACCCAUACACAUUGAGUUGGCUACCCUACACCCGACGAAUCGAAAGUCUCUAUCCACUUAUCCACAACAUUCUCAACCACGCACUCCACAUGCCUGCUUUCAAUCCUCGAUCAUGGGAACAACCAGGCGACCGUGUGUUGGAGAAAUUAUGGGAUAUCGAAAGUGCUUCUUGGAAGAUGGUGAAGAAGACUAUUGGACCUGGUCGCUUUUGUGGACGGAGGUCGAUUUCAGUCCUCAAUGAGUUUGCGGGGGAAGGAGAGAAAGCCUUUGUUACUUUGCCGCCGCCGCCGGGGCUCUAGAAUAUUGAUAGGAUUCCCUUGGAUUUUCCUUAUCUUCCUAUAAGUUAUUAUGGGGCCAAAUGAGACCGGCUUGCGUUUUGAAAUUUCAAUUCUAUUAGCCACUUGAACAAGCAGACUCUAGUUCUAAGAGACCCGGCCAUUAUU